AUGGGAAUGAGCAAGGCUCACAGGAUAAAGAGGCCGGCGAGGCAGUCGAUAUCGGAAUCCAUUUCGGUGUCACUGGGCUUGCAGAACAAUGAUGCAAGGCAAUCUGACAACGAGAAUCCUUUGCAAGUGCUGCCAGGUGAGAGUAGCUACCUCGGGAGGUCAUACGUCAGUGGUUUGUGGUCUCCCACACAGAGAAACAAUAAAUCAGGAUACGACCUUCUUCCGACAAGUAAUGAACAGGCAUACAGCAAACCAAUACACAAGUCGCAAAUGUUGCAUAGGCAGACACAAGCUAUUGGGGAAAACUUUAGCGAUUCUAAUGGGGAUGAAGGUUCAGAGAAUAAAGAUUUGAAUGAGUACAUCGAUUUGGUGGAGCAUAACGAAAGAAAGACGGCAAACAUUGAUAACGUCGAUCAGAUUGGGGGCCUUGCAACUGGUCCACAAACUACUGUGCCUGGCAAUAAAACACACCCAGUAACUUCACCACUGUCAGAUGAGUACGGUAUUCCAGAUGAGAACUCAAGAUUAUUACUCACUCCUGUAUCAUCUCUUUCAGUUGCCAUAUCGGAUGCAUCGUCAUUGACGCCGGAAGACUACAACGGAAGAGCAAGGUCACCACUUAAUGGAAUCAAUUCGACAUACGGCUCCCAAAUUCCUACACUUUCAAGCUACUCUUCAGCAGGCAUGAAGAUCGGGCCUCCCAUAACCUCGAAAUGGGAUUACAUUUCUGCUUUGUCCCACGACAUUGUACAUUAUCUUCCAGCAUCCAUCUUGGGACUGUUACUAAACAUUCUUGACGCAUUAUCUUAUGGAAUGAUCAUAUUCCCAAUUACAGAACCCAUAUUUUCCCAGUUGGGACCCUCAGGUCUAUCCAUGUUUUAUAUUUCCACAGUCAUUUCUCAAUUCACAUAUUCCAGUGGAUGGUCCAGUUUUCCUUGUGGUAUAGGAAGUGAAAUGAUAGAGGUCACACCCUUUUUCCACACAAUGGCGUUGACGAUCAUGAAAACGCUGGGAGAAGAGAGGAAGAAUGAGAUCAUUACAACGACUAUAUUCUGCUACGUCAUUAGUUCCAUGUUCACAGGCUUAACGUUUUUCACGCUGGGUAAAUUGAAACUGGGCAAAUUGGUCGGAUUCUUCCCGCGUCAUAUCCUGAUUGGAUGCAUUGGUGGUGUCGGCUAUUUUCUUUUGAUUACGGGCAUUGAGGUCUGUACAAGAAUUGCAAAAUUUGAAUAUUCGAUCCCAUUCUUACUGAAUUUAUUCACAGACGAAAAAACCUUGUUUCAAUGGCUGUUACCCACUAUGCUAACAAUAAUCCUUAUCUUCACGCAAAAUCGUUUCAGAAACUCUUUGGUGCUACCAUCUUUUUACAUUCUGACUUUAAUAUUAUUCCAUUUCAUUGUGGCUAUUGUCCCCAAUUUGUCUCUCACGAAGUUGCGUAACUCGGGCUGGAUUUUUCCCGUAGCAGCUUCGAAUGUUACCUGGUAUGACCAUUACAAAUAUUUCAACUUCAGCGAUGUACAUUGGGCGCUUGUCAUCAAACAAAUCCCAACAAUGAUGGCAUUGACCUUUUUUGGUAUACUGCACGUCCCUAUAAACGUUCCCGCCCUGGCCAUGUCUUUACAGAUGGACAAGUAUGAUGUUGAUAGAGAACUCAUUGCACAUGGGUAUUCGAACUUUUUCAGUGGGCUUUUUGGCUCCAUCGAGAACUAUCUUGUUUACACCAACAGUGUUCUAUUCAUCAGAGCCGGUGCGGACUCUGCCUUAGCCGGGUACAUACUGAUUGUGUUGACUAUUAUUGUCAUGCUUAUUGGACCCGUAAUCAUUUCCUUUAUCCCAAUUUGCAUCGUGGGGUCGUUGAUAUUUUUGCUAGGGUACGAACUGUUAAUGGAGGCUCUGGUUGAUACAUGGGGGAAGUUGAACACUUUUGAAUAUGUUACUGUCGGGAUCAUCAUCUUAACGAUGGGGAUAUUUGAUUUUGUGCUCGGUAUUAUCGUUGGUAUCCUAAUUGCGUGCUUUAAGUUUCUGAUUGACAGCACUCAUUUACAGACAGUCAACGGUGAAUUUAGUGGGGAAGUCGCCAAGAGCACUGUCUAUAGAGAUCCAAUUCAAACCACAUUUUUGGAUGGUGUUGGGGAGCAGAUAUACGUGCUAAAGUUACAGAAUCUGUUGUUCUUUGGUACUAUAAUAUCCAUUGAGGAAAAAAUCGAUAAGCUGUUGGAGAUUAGCAAUAACGAUUCCUCCAAGAGACGUAUCAAAUAUUUGAUCCUUGACUUUAAGAACAUCAACACCGACAACAUUGAUUAUUCUGCGGCAGAAGGUUUCAACCGGAUUAGGCGGUUUACGCAGACCAAGGGCAUUCAACUGAUAAUAUCCUCCAUUCGUGAAAAGGACGGAAUAUAUCGGGCGUUCAAUAACGUUGGGUUACUCGAGGAUGUUGAGCUUUUCCAAGACUUGAACAGUUCAUUAGAGUGGUGUGAAAAUGAGCUGUUACACUGGUACAACGAGCUGAGAACGAAGGCGAAGGCUAGGUUACGCAAGCUGAACAACACUGCAAACAGUGUUGUGAGCAGACUACCUGUCAGUGCCUCUAAACAGAUGGACUCACGGGCCAUAACUUCAGCUGAUCAAUCCGGCAGAGCUGCGAUUAGCAAUCUGAUGUCUUUGCCCACGAACACCCCCAGAAACCACCAGAUGUUGACUGUGGCGCAGGAUGUAUUCAAGAACGACGAACAGACUGUCAGCUCGCUACGCAAACAACUGAAGACGAAGGACCCCCUGUUGCCCCUACUGCUACUCACGUUGAAGCAGUACAGACCUGACAUUGGCUCGAACGACAAGCUUGCGAGAGACAAGGAGAUUGCAAUCUGGAGCCGCCUGUGUCCGUAUUUUGCCAAAAAGACCAUGAUGGCACAGACCACGCUGCAACAUUGCAACAAGAUUUUCUUCCUCGUGCAGACCGGUGUGUUGAAGGCCGUUUUCAAGUUGCCCCAGGGCUGCGUCUACGAGACGAUGGCCAACAGGACCUGCUACGGUAAGAUCAUCGAUUCAGGGACCACCGUGGACGACGCCGACACUAGCAACCCUGACUUCUCGAAGCUGUUCAUCACAACAGAGACAGACUCCGAGUUGUGGGUCAUCGACGCGGCGGCCAUGGGGAGACUCGAGAGGGAGGACCCGGAAUUGUUCAUCCAGCUGGCACUGCUCGUCAUGCUCAUCAAGGACAAGAGAUUCAAGGAUCUGCUGGGACACGCAUUGAUCAGUGCCUGA